AUGGAUCUGCAAGAGAAUCGAGAACGCAUGCGCCGCGGCGAGCUCUACCAUGCCUUCGUCUCCGAUCUCACAGCUGAUCGAGCGCGUUGCGCCAGUGCCUGUCGCCGCUUCAACAAUGCAGGUGACGUGUCUCGUCGACAGUCCCUCGAGUUGUGGAAAGAUCAGGAUCCCGCCGAGGAUGAUAAGCUCUUAGCGAAGCAUCCUUGGAUCGAGCCUCCCAUUCGCAUGGACUACGGGUACAAUGUGAAGGUGGGAGAAGGCGCCUUCAUCAAUUUCGACUGUGUUAUUAUCGACACCUGCUUGGUGACCAUUGGGGCGCGCACCUUGUUCGGUCCCAAGGUCAGUCUUUAUAGUGGCACGCACCCUCUUGAUCCGGCCGUGCGCAAUGGAACGGAAGGUCCAGAAUCAGGCAAAGAAAUACAUAUUGGUGAGGAUUGCUGGCUCGCAGGGAAUGUGACUGUGUUGCCGGGAGUGACGAUCGGAAAAGGUGCGGUUAUUGGGGCUGGAAGUGUGGUGACCAAGGAUGUUCCCGCAUUUCAUUUGGCUGUGGGAAACCCAGCGAGAGUGAUUCGCAAGAUUGAGACCUCAAUGAAGGAGUAA